UGUCUUUGUGUGCUCACAGGCUUGUCAAGUACUGCGAGCAGUACAAAAACCAUGAUCCUUUCAUGGCCGGCUGUCUCCCUAGCAACCCUUGGAUAACCGAUGACACUAUGUUUUGGGAGCUCAAUAUGCCAAUGGUGGAGAACCCCACCAAGCUGCGCGUGGAACGCUGGACCUUCAGCUUCAAGGAGCUGCUGAGUGACCCCCGUGGCCGCCAGGACUUCCAGCUCUUCCUGAAGAAGGAAUUCAGCGGAGAGAACUUGGCCUUCUGGGAAGCUUGCGAGGACCUGAAGUUUGGCGACCAGACGAAAGUGAAGGAGAAAGCUGAGGAAAUUUACAAGACCUUCCUGGCUCCUGGGGCACGGCGCUGGAUUAACAUAGAUGGAAAGACGAUGGACAUCACAGUGAAAGGCCUCAAGCAUCCUCAUCGUUAUGUGCUGGAUGCUGCGCAGACACACAUUUACAUGCUUAUGAAGAAGGAUUCCUUUGGGCGGUACAUGAAGUCUCCUAUAUUUAAAGAAACCAUGAAGAAGGCGAUUGUUCCAGAUGAGACGAAAUUGAACGAGGGCAAGUUCGGGUUCAACAGGAAGCACCGGCGCUCCAGCCCCAGCCCGGUCAUCCUGCGGCAGCUGGAGGAGGAAGCCAAGGCGAAGGCGGCAGCCAGCGCCCCUGUGGACAUCACGCAGCUGUGUAAGUUUACUGCACCUGUGCCUCACCUGGCUGUGUACACAGGAAUCUGCGAGCCUCUCUCUCCCAGCAGUCCCACACCCUGCGAGCUGCCGCCUCCCUCCCCCGGCCUCAUCACCCUGCCCAACAGUGCUGCCUGCCCCUCCCCCAUCAGCGUGGCCAUCGACAGCACGCCCGCCUCGGAAAGGAAAUUCGAUGGCACCGGCGGCUCCGCGUCGGCCCAGUUCCCCUCCAUUGCUGAGAACACGGAGCUGUCGGCCGGCUCCGAUUCCAGCGCCAUCAACGGACCAUCCGAAGAAGCCAGGCAGCCGGCCCAGAGAUCUCGCGUGGCGCUCUCCUUCAGCCGCUUCCUGAAACGGGGCUGCGCCACCUCGCCUGUGUUCGCCACCCUCUCGCCCAAGUGCCCUUCCGUCGCCAGUGGCCGGAUUCAGCCCCUCAACCACGAGCCGCUAUCUCAGCCCCAGCCGAAGCCAAAAAGAAUUGCCAACUUCUUCCAGAUCAAAGUGGACAUCCCCCCGGAGUGCCGGAUCUACCCCAUCGACUCGGAGGACGAGGAGGAGGACUGUUCCAGCGUAGGAAGGGCCACCGUAAAGGAGGUCAUCUGUCCCUGGGAGACUGUCACCGAAGAAGGCAAAGCAGGAUGACAGGCAGGGUCAACGACAGAAGAGCAGGGCAGGUGUUGGCGGACGCCUCCGGACUCCUGCUGAACGCUUCUUCUCUGGGGCAGGACUGACUCUUCCAAAGCACAUUUUCUGGUAAAUCCACAUGUGUGAGCUCCAUGGAUUAGAGGUACACAGUAUCCCAGAAGCCAAAACAACCUUCAACCUUAGCCUUCUGUUUGUAAAACGUACAAUAGUGUAGGCAGUGUAUGCGCACCACCAAACGGGUUGGUUUUGAUACUGUAUGUUAAAGCUACUGCAGCGAAACUCAACAGGAUCAUUAUUUAUUGACAGAUCAACCCAAAGCAGAUAACUUUGCUUGAUAGUCUAGUUGCAGUCUAGUCUAGGUGCAUGAUAGUCUAGUUGUGGAACCAAGACUGCCCCUUUAAUUCCCUUUCAUUUUACCGUGAGACUAAGGACUAAGAAAUACAGAAGUAAAAUGGACCUAACACCAGUAGAGCUUUUUGUUAUGUAUAAAUUAAUUAAUUCCAAUAUUCAGUUUUUUUUUUGCACUUUUCUACUGCCACCCCAACCAAUCCACUCCAGUGCUGCAAAUGAGAUGACCUGCCUGCGAAUUCCACUUGCGGUAAAAAUGAUUGCAACUAUCUUCUGGUACAGCUUCGAUGAGAGAUGACAUCUGAAAGAGUUCUUUAGAAUUUGUGCUGUUCCUAUUGGGUUUUGUAGAAAAAAUCUGGUUGGAAAAAAACGUUUUGGCUUUACUGUUGAUUGUUGAGAAGUUUGUCGUCAAGUAAUUUAUUUUAGAUUUUCAACAAGUUUCCUGUGUAAACUCAUAGCUGACAAAUGUGACUUUUUACAUAGAAUAAUGUUUAUUCUUGCCAGUAGAUACUGUUAAAUCGGGCUUUUGUAUAUCAUUUGUUUACAGUUUUUUAUAUAGAGGUCUGCACAGAAUCAUUGUAUUAUCUCACUUAUUUUUAAUAAAUAUCCAUAUAUAUAUUUGGAAGAAAAUCAUGUUGCCUGAAUGUAAUGUCUUAACAUGGAUAAACUGAUAUUUACAAGUUAAAAAUGUGAAGAUUUUCCAAUAUGAUACCAUGGUGAUAUCUAGAUUGUGCAAGUGCCUCAAUAAAACUAUAAUCAAAACAGUG